GCAUGCGCAUUGUGCCAAGCCACGUAAGGCAACUUUGACAAGUGCCGGAAAACAAAAUAACACAUUAAAAGGGUAUAUAUUCAGUAAGCGUUUUGGCUUCAAGUUAAGAUCCAAAAGAUUUUUACUUCUUAAAAAUGGUAAGUCCUUUUAUCUCAACACAUUGUGUUUCUGUUUAAUAGUGUUAAUGGUCGGUGGAUGAAACGAAUUUAGCUGGGCUAUAACUUUCAAAAAUGUUUUUUUUUUUUUGAGAAUUAAUUAAAAUUAAACACUCUUCUGCCGUGGGAUUUUUUCAUAUUCAUAUCAUCACAUCAAUUAUCAAUCAUUAUGAUACACUUGACCAUUUCAAUGAAACAAUGAUGAAUUGGGACCCAUACCUAAAGCUAGACGUAGACAAAAUGGAGCGAAUACAAUGCAACACAGUGCGCUUCAUCACAAGUGACAAAAAUCCACCACCACUACUACUACUACUGGCUUAGUCACUGAUCUCUUAAAAAGAUUUAACAUCCCCUCCCUCUCUCAAAGACAGACGAGAAAAGCUACGUCUAACAUUUCUCUAUAAAGGGGUCACGGGGCAAGUGCCGGCCAUUCCAUCUAACACAUAUCUAACCCCGCAGAUAUAUAAAUUAUGCGAAGUGUCUACAGGUCAGGCGCGCCGGACAAAUAGUGCGCAAGAUAUAAGUCCGGCGGUAUGUCACGUGACCGCCGGACGGAUAGUGGUUUUUAUAAUUCCAAACGAAGUACGGUUUUGAAGAUCUUGUGUGGUCUAGUGGUAGAAUGGUCCCUUGACGAUAUUAUGAAAUGAGGAUCAAUACUGGGGAUAGGAUCGUUUUUUUUUCUCCCAUUUUAAUGUAAAAUAUUUUAUACUAUAUUUAUAUUAUCAUGUUCAACAACAACAGUAGUUUCAUGAGAAGUUUUUAAAUAUUUUGUAACAAUUUAAAAUGAAAUCUUUUACUUUUAUUGGUUGCCUACUCCACACUGGCCCCAAAUUUAUUUUAUGGAUUACUGGUGCACAAACUCAAAUAACAAACUAAACAAAAAUGUUUACAAGCCACUUUCACUUAGGUUUUUUUCUACUAUUUGCAUUAAGAUACUCAGUACAUUACUUGGUAGAGAAAAAGAUUUUAAAAUUAAAAAUAGUUUUGAAUUAUUCGCAGUCACGUGACAGGCUGACCGACAAGAUAUCUCUCGCCACUUUGUUACGGCGGUCAUGUGACUUGGUCGCCGGACAAAUAGUGCGUGAGAUAGACGUCCAGCGCGCCGGACGUGUAGACACUGCCUAAAUUAUAUGAUUUUUCUUGAAUAACGAGUUCUAAUCAUCAUGUUUUCAUUUCAGCCUUUGCGUUUAGAUGUUAAGCGCAAGCUUUCAGCUCGUUCUGACCGUGUCAAGUGUGUAGAUCUUCAUCCAUCAGAACCAUGGAUGUUAGUCAGUCUCUACAAUGGAAAUAUACAUAUAUGGAACUUUGAGUCACAGGUACACUCUAUUAAGUGUGUUAUCAACCAAAAUAUUUGACUUACUGUUCUCUGAGUCAUAGCAAUUCGUAGUCAAAAUUAGGAUUUAUGCAGCAGUACUGUUUUCCUUAUUAUACAUUAAAAUGAGAUGGAUUUAGGCUAUAAUUAUUGAUAUAUUACAGGGAAGUAUGAAUUUCCAAAAAUAACCCUAUUUCCAAGACCAAAAAAUGCUUCAUAUUAUUUAUUUGUGUUAUUAGUCUCAUUUUUAUUUUACUUGUUGCCCCGACUAGACCAAAUUAUUUUGCAGGCUCGACAUUCUCCACCCAAGCUCUGUAUAUUAUUUGAAUUAAUAUUUAUUUAUUUAUUUAUUUAGGCAUUUUUAUAUAGCGCUUACCUUAAAGCUCUAAGCGCUUUACAACUAUUAAAAACAUGUAAACUAACUAAAAUAAAAAUGAGACAUUAGGAUAGUAACUACUAUACUAUAGAAACAAUUAAAAUGGCUAUAAAACGAGGAUACUUUGGCACGUUUUGGCCUAUAUUACGGGAUUAACCCGAGACAGAAAAUGAGGCAGGGCAAGGAGGGUGCAUCACAGGUCAUAGGCGGACCUAAAAUAUCCAGAUUAUACUAAUUUUGCAUACAUACUAUCAAUGAUAGUAUGUAUUUGUUACGAUCUUCAUACGUUAAGAUCUUCCAAUGUUACUAUCUCCCUCUGUAUUCUGACAGACACUUAAUUGGCUUAGUUUCUCUAAAGGUUUCUCAGCCACAUAUGAUCUCUGAAUUAUUAGAAUAACUGAUGCACUGACCGAUUACCUUCUUCUUUAUUCACAAACUUUACAAAUGGUAUCAUAGUACAUAAAUUCAAGGAACAGAUAUCAACUUUUUGAUCCUUAAACUCUCAGACGAAUAAUACUCCAGUCCAAGCUCACAACCAUUCUUUCUCAGUCUAAUCCAUUGCUAAACUGCUCAACUACUUUCAAACUCUCCACAACAAACACUCAGCAUACACUAAAACUCAAACCCACGCAGCCUCUUCACUAUCUAACUCCGACCCCACGAUCUGAGCUUGCAUAACCUCACCCUCACAAAAUCUUCUCACAAUCAAAACCUUUAAUACCAAACAUUCACGCUCUUAAAUCUAAUUUACAACAGUAUGCAAAAUUAAAAUGAUACCCAAAAACUCAAACAAUCCAAUAAAAAUAUACUUUAGUCAUUUGAAUGCUUUAUCAUUUUAUGAUUUAUAUGUAAGUAGUCUUCAUAUAUGAUAUAAUUUGUAAGUUUAGUACCUGAAGUAAAUUUAAUAAAAUCUUACUAAUAUAGACCAAGUCCAGUGUUAUUUUUUUGUGAGUUGGUUGGCAAUGCAAUAUUAAAUAUUCUUAAUGAAAAUUGAUUGUAUUUGUAAACUAUUUGACACAAACUAAAAGUCAAUAUAUGAUCCUAUUCCUGUAUUCCAGCAACUCAUUAAAUCUUUUGAAGUAUGUGAUCUACCAGUUCGUGCUGCAAAGUUUGUGGCUAGGAAAAAUUGGGUGAUUUCAGGAUCAGUAAGUUUACUCAUUUUAUGGUUACUUAUUGAUGCUUUUGAUUUUUAAAAUGUCUUUCCUUAUCAGAAUAUGUUUAUCUUAAAAGAAUUGUACAGUGUUUGCUGUGGAAAAAAAUGAUAAACUUGAUUUCAUUUUUUUUCUAUGAAUAUUUAUUUCUCGAUUCAAAAUUAUCAAUAGGAUGACAUGAACAUUCGGGUCUUUAACUACAAUACAUUGGAGCGUGUUCACCAAUUUGAAGCUCAUUCUGACUAUCUACGAUCUAUUGCUGUGCAUCCUACUCAGCCCUUCAUUCUAACUAGUAGUGGUAAGCUGGUUUUAAAUUUACAGAAAAAAGAUUUUUUUCAAGGAUAUUAAACUUAAGAAAUAUUUUUAAAAAGAUUUUUAGCCCACUUUUUUUUUUUGUGUGGCUUUUCCUCUGCUUAUAUUAUUUUUUUAUCAUUGCAGAUGACAUGCUCAUUAAACUAUGGGACUGGGACAAGAAAUGGACUUGUACUCAAGUAUUUGAGGGACAUACUCAUUAUGUCAUGCAAAUUGUUAUCAACCCAAAAGACAACAAUCAAUUUGCUAGUGCAUCUUUGGAUAGAACAAUCAAGGUUAUUUUUAGAACUAUAACUAAGUCAAUGAACUUAUGGCUGAAGAUUCAGUGUACUAAGUAUUUUUAAGUCUAUUUUUUCAGUCUUUACAAAAUACAAAGAAAAAAUAGGGGGUGCCAAAUUAUCAGAUGAAAAUAUCCAAAAUUCUGUACAAAAACCAUCCAGCUGAGAGCUCUGUGCUUGGAAGUGAGGCAUUGAAUUUGAGUUUCAGUUGAAUAGAUUUAUUUAUCGCGAUACCUAACAGAUGUGGCUCGUUUGUGAUGUAAUGGCAGGACCAUAAAGAGCCAUUAGCUCUGCCCCAAAAUAGAAAAAACCUUUGGUAUAACCAUCUAGAUUUACAGCUAACAUAUGGGUAGCAAUUUCCAAUAUACAAAGGCUGAUUAAUUGGAAAAAAAAUUCAGAUGCUGAUUAAUCUGCUAAAUGGUAAAUUGAGUAAAUCAUCUGUGGAUUGAAAAUGUGUAAUUUUUUUAAUAACAAAAUAGCAUUCAUAGUCCUUGUGAGGUCUUUCCAUUUCUGAGUGCUGCAACCUGUUAAAUUAUAUACAGUCAGUUAAGAGAACUAUACCAUGAAUUAUCAUGCCCCAUUAUGCUUUUAUUUAAAUCACCUUAUGAAAGUUUCUCCUAUCUCUAUAGGUAUCCGAAGGCAACAAAAUAACUUUGAAAACAAUGAUAUAGUUUGUAAUAUUUGCUCUGUCGCUUUAAGCAUACAUCUGUGGGGUUUUUUAAUACACAUUUUAUGUUGGCAUUUUAUUUAUUUUGUAAAAUAGAACUGAUUAUGCAACAAGAAAAAACAAUUAAAUCUAUUCUUAUUGAACAUUUCAAAGACUGACAAAAUAUAAGAAGAUAAAUUUAAAGUAUUUCUUCAUUCUUUUUUCACUUUUCAGGUGUGGCAGCUAGGUUCUCAAACUCCUAACUUCACUCUUGAGGGUCAUGAAAAAGGAGCCAAUUGUGUGGAUUACUAUUCAGGAGGAGAUAAACCUUAUCUCAUUUCUGGUGCUGAUGACAGACAGGUUAAAAUCUGGGACUACCAGGUACAUUAUUAAUGUUACUUAGGCUAGUGUAGAAGCAGUUAGUUUUAGUCAAUUGAACAGUGUCUAAAUGUUGAAAAUUUUCCACCCGUAGAACAAGACAUGUGUACAAACUCUAGAAGGUCAUGCCCAGAAUGUUGCUGCUGUUGCUUUCCAUCCGACACUCCCAAUUAUUCUGACUGGUUCUGAAGACGGUAAAAGCCUUACAUUCCAAAUAAAUCCAAGUAUAUUAUAAAAUGUUUCAUAAUAAAGUCCUAUUCCUGAGUUCGAUGUUAACCAAGAAUAGUUAAAUCAAAAAUAUUAUAUAUUAAAAGUAUUGUCAUAUAUUAUGCUAUAUUAUUCAUUGUUGUCAUUAUGACAUGAUAUAUUUUAAGGCACUGUGCGUAUUUGGCAUGCCAACACAUACCGCCUCGAGAGUACUCUUAAUUAUGGACUGGAGAGAGUCUGGACUAUUGCAUGCCAGAAAGGAUCUAACAAUGUGGCUCUAGGUUAUGAUGAAGGCAGUAUUAUCAUCAAGGUGAGGAACACAAUAUAGAAACUCGUGCCAACUGUUCAUAAUUUUCAAAAAUAUUUAUAUUCCAUAGUAUUAUUGAAAAAGACAACAAAUAUUGUUCUUAUGUCAAAUAGCUUGGUAGAGAAGAGCCUGCCAUGUCCAUGGACUCAUCUGGUAAAAUCAUCUGGGCCAAACAUUCAGAGAUCCAACAAGCCAACAUUAAGGCUAUGGCAGACCAGGAGAUAAAAGAUGGAGAGAGGCUUUCACUUGCAGUAAAAGACAUGGGCAGCUGUGAAAUUUAUCCUCAGACAAUUUCUCACAAUCCAAAUGGAAGGUAAGUCAAAUUUAUAUCUUUCCAAAUUUCUUCAACAGUGCCAUUUCAACAAAUGCAAAAUUUUAAGGAGUUAACAAGUUUUUUUAUAAUUUUAUACAUAAUUAUAUAACAUUGUCUCUGAAAUUGUAUGCAUUUUGGUAAGAAUAAUAUAUUUUAAAAUUAAUUUAUUUUAUCAGGUCUUUUUUUUGGGGGGGGGGGGGGUGUUGUUUUUAUUUAUCUCCAAAUUUAGUAAUGAAAUAGAGUGACGUGCACGAGAUGUAUUCAUUAAGUGCAACCAAAAUUAGAAUUAGUUAAACAGCAAAAUCGUGUGUUAACAGAAAAAAGGGGGGGGGGUGUUGAUUUUAAUUAGCACCAAAAUUUGUUAAGGAAAGAAUCUCCACCUUCAAUUUCACUGAAAUGCAAUUUAAUGAGAUUUUAUUAGUUACAUUGUUAAAAUAUAAAGAACUAAGAAUGGAAUAAAGCGCUACAGAUAAUGAGUCUGUUAAAAUGCUAGACAGUGGAUGCAAUUAGACGUUUGGGAACAUAAAUGAAAGGCAUAGGGAAAAUAAAACGGAAACAUUGUUAAGAUCUCAACUCAUGAUAUGUAUUCAGUUUUGAUGUAUCCAUGACUUAGAUAUGGAAUUGAUUUGUUUCAGGUUUGUUGUUGUCUGUGGGGAUGGAGAGUACAUCAUAUACACUGCCAUGGCUUUGAGAAACAAAUCCUUCGGAUCGGCCCAAGAAUUUGUGUGGAGCAGUGACUCGUCUGUGUAUGCUGUAAGGGAAGGGAGUACAUCUGUGAAAAUAUUCAAGAAUUUCAAGGAGCAAAAAUCUUUUAAGCCCGACUUUGGGGCAGAAGGUAGACAGAAGCAACUGUUUCCAAAUAAAAUGUAUAAGGUCAUUGCAAUGAAGAACAAUAUUUUAAUUAAAGGAAGAAAGAAAUUGCAAGAAUUGCUAUUGGUUUAUUCAAAAUACUGAAAGUUUGUUCGUUACAAGUUGUUUCCAGGAGUGAAUGUCAACAAUUUUAUGAAAACAGCAGUGCUGUUGCCUCAGUGAUAACAAAUGUACAUGAGCAAACCUGCUGAUACUUCAUAAUGCAAACUGAAAGAUAAGAAUAUUAACAUAUUUGUCUACAUCUGAUGUAAUUUGAGACACAUCUGAGUUCUCUCCCUAUAACAAGAAAAUUUAUAUUUUAUUAUGUGUGCCAGCCAUAUUGGUGGGUUGUACAGAUUUAAAUUUUGACAUAAAUAAUGGAUAUUUUUAGAUUUGAUAAUAAAUUACUAAAAUAAUCUGAAUCUGCGUGAAAAUUAUUCAUUUCUGUUUUCUUUUUUAGUUUAAUCACAUAUUAUAAAAUCUGCUAUUGUGCCAAGACUAUUUGGAGUAUUAGACUCUUCGCGUUAGCCAGAUUCAUGCUGCUAAAUAUAGAUAAUAUAACAGUUUGCAAUGAUCAUCAUGACAGUUCAAUCGCACCCUAAAAAAAAUAUUAUAACAUUUUGAAUAUGGAAUUCUGUAUCUGAUUUGUAUUUAGAAGAUUGGGAUUGUUCAGGUUACUGCAAUAGAUGUAAAUUCUUUUACCAUGUUAAUUAAAUACGCACUGCAUUUUAAUUAUAUUUUGAAGUCAAUGUUUGUUUCUGUUCCUUCAGGUAUUCAUGGAGGUCACAUGCUUGGUGUAAGGUCAGUGAGUGGCCUUGCAUUCUAUGACUGGGAAACCACAGAGCUUGUUAGACGCAUUGAGAUUACACCAAAGCAUGUAGGUGAACUGCUUCCUAUUUCAUUUCACAGGUUUCUCAAUCAAAGAAAUUUUAACAAGUGCUGUCCCUUUAAAUAUUUCUUUUGUAUGGUACUUUAUGUCAUUGUUUCAGAUUUUCUGGACAGAGAAUGGACAACUUGUUUGCAUUGCCACAGAGGAUUCUUUCUUCAUUCUCAAAUUCAGUGCUGAAGCUGUGGAAGCUGCCAAGGAGGCUAAGGACAAGAUCACAGAGGAUGGCAUUGAAGAUGCUUUUGAGGUAACCACGUCCCUGAUAACUGUCUCUAGAUGUUUUUGAGAUAAUGUCGGUGAUAACUGUAUCUAGAUGAUUUUGAGGUAAUGACAUCACUGAUAACUGUAUCUAGAAGCUUUUGAGGUAGCGACGUUACUGAUAACUAUAUCUAGAUGCUUUUGAGGUAACAACGUCACUGAUAACUGUGAUAACUUAAUCUAGAUAGAUGCUUUUGAGGUAACAUCAUCACUGUAACUGUUAUCUGAUAAAAAAUAAUAAUAAAAACUCCCACCAUGUAAAUAGUUUAUGAUUGUAGCGAUAGAACUGUAUAAUUUAAACAUUAUAACCUUACAUUAAUUUAAAUUGUGCAUUGAACUCCCUUAUACUUUUCUUAUAUUUGAGUUGCAAUUUUCAAAUAUAAAAGACAAAACUUAAGCUUUAUCAAUUUAUAUUACAACAUAGGUCCUAACAGAAAUAGAGGAGACUGUCAGGACAGGUCUGUGGGUUGGUGACUGCUUUAUUUAUACCAACAGUGUCAACAGGCUAAACUACUAUGUUGGAGGAGAAAUUGUUACUAUUGCGCAUUUAGAUAGGUAAGCUAUUUCAACCUGUCUAAAGUAUUUUUUUAAAUAUUUUUUUUUGUUAAAAGUUAUAGGGCAUGAGUGAUUUAUUUUUAGUAUUAUUUUAGAAUUUUGCAAUCUGUAUGUUUUCAGCUUUUGUGUUUUUAUUAAAAAUGCUGAAAAUGAACCAGUACAACAAUGUUACAACAAAUUGCUAUUUGUUUGGAUAAAAUAAUAAUCUUAUCUUGUGAUUAUUCUAUUUACACAGAAUAAUGUACCUUCUGGGCUACAUCCCAAAAGAAAACCGUCUGUACUUGGGUGACAAGGAACUCAGUAUUGUGAGUUACUCCCUGCUUGUGUCUGUACUGGAGUAUCAAACCGCUGUCAUGAGGAGAGACUUUGACACCGCUGACAAAGUUUUGCCAACUGUACCACGUGAGCAAAGAACACGCGUUGCUCAUUUUUUGGAGAAACAGGUUAGAACCCGGACUGUGCAAAAAAAAUAUACCUUGGCACUUACUUCCUUAAUAAUAUUAACUUUCGAUGAGAAAUAAUUUUUUAAAAUUAUUAUAGAAAAUAAAAUAUAUAUUAUUAAAGCCAUACUUAAUAAUUUUGUAUCCUUUUUUUUACCUUUGUUAUAUAAAUUUAGUUUUAAGAAAAACAUCUUUUUUUACUCAUAGGGUUUCAAAUCUCAAGCCUUGGCUGUGACAUGUGACCCAGAGCAUAAGUUUGAGUUAGCCAUUCAGCUUGGAGACCUUCGCACUGCCUACGAACUUGCUAAAGAAACUCAGUCAGAGCAGAAGUGGAAACAACUGGCAGAGCUGGCUAUCCGAAGAUGUGAAUUUGGCCUUGCUCAGGAAUGUUUACAUCAGGUGGGUGCCAUUACGUCAAUGAUAUCAAGUCAUUUACUAGUAAUUUGGUGAAAUAAUAUCAUUACAAAAAAUGUACAAUACCCAGAAAUAAACUAGGGACCUAAAAAUUACUGAGAAGAUUCAAACUCACCUAGAAUUAUUCAAAAGGUGAAACAGCCAACACCAUCAAUGUAUAUGAGCAAUGGGAAAAAAUAAAUCAAGUGUAACAGAGGAAACAAUAGGAUUUUAAAAAUUUAAAUGAUGUCAAAUAGCAGCAAAGCUUUUAUGUGAUUGGUCUAUUCUUAAAGUUAAAAGCUUACUUCCAUUUUUUUGUAUUGCACUUGUCUAACUUUAGUUGUUUCCUAUGAAAGGCACAUGACUAUGGAGGUUUACUCUUGUUGGCCAGUUCUGCUGGUAACAGAGAGAUGGUUGCCAAGGUAGGAGAGUCAGCUGAAAAAUCUGGACAAAACAAUGUAGCAUUCUUGUCCAACUUUGUUCUUGGGAAGUAAGUAAAAUUAUAUUUAGCCUAUAACUUAUAGCAAUGUCAUUGAGGAUUACAAUAUUUGUUUAGUUAUAAUUAACUCUCAACUAGUUCAGAUAUAAGUAACAUUUUAAAGAUUUCUGCCUCCACAUUAUGUAUCAGAUUGAAUGGAAAUAUUACAUUUUAAGAUUUUCAAUAACAAAAUUUGUUGAAAUUGAGUGAAAUAAUUUGCAAUCAGUCAUUAUGACUUGGCAUAUGAUUUAGAAGUAAAUUCUUCACAAGACUUCUCACCAGAGUUUAAUAGAUUGUCUUCAGGUAUUUGGUUGUGUUUGCACAUUAGCCUUGGCUUGCCGUUAACCUGCUGACUCCUUUAAUAUUCAAAUCUCUUUUAAUAAAUUUAUAAAUUUUUUAUUUUUUUUAAUCCUUAGGUGUGAAGAAUGCCUUGAAAUACUAAUCAACACCGGCCGGCUACCUGAAGCAGCUUUCUUUGCAAGAACUUAUCUGCCUACUCAGAUUUCAAGGUAUUUAGUUCAUGGUCAACCAUAGCUUUGUUGAAUAUUUUGUUUGGAUACUGCUUUUUAAAAAUUGUAAGUAAAAUUUGGAUAAAAAUGUUGAAUGAAUUGUAAUCAUUUCUUAGAGUGGUUGCACUUUGGAAAAAAUAUGUGGCAAACAUCAACAAAAAGUCUGCAGAUCUUCUUGCUGAUCCAACUGAGUAUGAGAAUCUAUUCCCUGGUCUGAGAGAUGCAUUCAAGGCAGAUCAAUACCUCAAGCCCCAGAGAGAGAAAGUGUUACCUGCAGCUGCAUAUACAAAAAUUCCAGUAUGUUUUCAUUGCUCUGUUUUUUUUUGUUUUUUUUUUUUAUAUUUUUUUUGAAUUACAAAUGUAUGUUGUUGUUUUUUAAAAUCAUUAUUGACAAGUAUAUUGCUAAAAGUUAUUUCAAAGGAUGUAAAAGUCUUUUAAAACUGCUAAAUGGGGUUUGUUUAUUUUUAAAUACAAGUUAGUAGCUAUUUUAUUCACAAAUUUUGGAUAGUGUAAACUGGACUUCCUAUAAAUUGUAUUGAAUUCUCUGACAGAGCAAUACAGAACGUAACCCUGUUGAGGAGAUGAAGCAAGCUGAAGAGGCUGGCCGUUUUGUCUAUGCGGCACCCUCUACAGGAGAUGAGGAUGAUGCUGAGAACUUUGAAGAAGCCCUUGAAGUUGCAUCACAGGUACAAACUGUACUCUUCAUUGAUGAACUGUUUGCUUCAAUGAUAAUCCUCUUAGAAUUUUUUAAAAGUGAAUUACUACCUUGUGUCUUACAUUAAUAGGCCUUCUCAUACCUGGCACUCUUAAGUAUCAGUUUGCAGAGAAAUUUACAUUUUUGGCAAGAUUAACAAAUAUUUUGCCAAUUUUGCUCUAUUCAGGUCUCGGAAAUAACUUUGAAAAAUGGCUUUAAACACAAAAUUUGGCUGUGACUAUAUUUUUUAAAGAAGUUCACAUGUUAUCUGAAUCCUCAGCUUUAUUUAAAUAUAUUUAUUAGAAACAUUUAAUUCGAAUUAAACUCUAAAUUCAAUUUAUUAUUUUACACAAGCUGCAUACUUAUCAUCUUACUUUUAGCGACAACAUUCUAUAAUGUUAAGUUAUCCUGCCAGUAAUUAAUACUUAUGCAGUCUUUAACCCUUUGAUUCCUUGGCAUCUAGCCCUAAAAUAUCGUCACCCCUGGGCUACCUGGGAAAAAUUUACAAAAACUAUAUACAUUAAAAAAACAUGACAAAAAAACACAACAAAAGUAACAUGUCUGCUGGUGUGGCAAUGACAGUAAUCUUUUGCAGGUUACAGGGUAAACCCCGAACUCAUUAUUUUAAUAUAGUGACUUUCAAUUUAGGUUAAAGAAUGUGAAUUUAGGUUAAGGUAUGUGAGACUGAAAUAUCGCUCUUUCACUCUAAUGCUCACAAAUUUUUCUUUGAUUUUUACCCCUUUCUAUAUUUUAGUCACCUGGUAAAAAAGAUGAACCCAGAUUGCCUCCACCCAUAACCCCUGCUUCACCACUUGCUGCUCCAGUUACCCCACUUGCUGCUCCUGCUACACCAAUAUCAGCUCCAGAUCCAACACCUAUUACCGCCCCCGCACCUUCGGCCACCAAACCUGCUUCUGUGGCAGAGGAAGUUAAACAAAAAUCAGUUGAAGAUAUUGAAAAAGAGUUGGAUUUGGAAUUGGAUUUAGAAAAUGUUAAUAUUGAGGAUCUUGAGGGAGUAAGUCAGUUUGGGGGGGGGGGGAGGCUUUCUUAAAUCCUAAUGGAAGACCCUAGUGCUAAAAUUACUUAAGUCACAUUACUGUCACAAUCAAUCUACUGUAUUUUCGUGCAUAUAAGACGCAAUUGAUGAUAAUAUGCAGGUUUUGGCAAUUUUAAAAAAAAAAUAUUUUACAUAAGACACACCUAAUUAUAAGAUGCACACAUAUAUGACCCUGGUUUUGAUGAUUUGUGUAAACAAAAAUUACAUAAGACGCACGCGGUUUAGCCAUCUGCCGCACUGAGCAAUUUAUAUCCUGUGGUUUCCUUUAUCAUAAAUGAAAAUUCGUCCAAUGUGUCAUCACUCGUCGGAUGCAAACAAGGCUUUAAAUAAUGCACCCACCAAAGAUACUAAAAACCGGAUGUAUAGGUAAUAUAGCCGCCAUAGUUUUUGCUGUGAUAAUUAAUAACAUUUUAAAAAAACUAUUUAAACAUGUUGUAAUAUAUAAAUUUAAAACAUUCACUCUGACUAAACUUAGAUCUGCAAUAAUUGCGGUAUACAAAACAUUGAAACCGAAAGCAUUUAAAAUUUGAAGUUGCCUGCACUGGAUGGUACACAUUGUAAUUACUGAACACUUACCAAAAAUACUUUCCAUAUUUGUUUGCGCAUAUAAGACAAACCUAAUUAUAAGAUGCAGCUUUUGAUCAUUUGUGCAAAAUAAUUUACAUAAGAUGCACCCAUAUAUAAGACGCAGCCUGGGUGCAGGGUAUGUAAAACUUUGUAUAAGAUGCGUCUUAAAUAAGCGAAAAUACGGUAAACUAUGACCUUUUCUUAACCGGUUUAGCCAAGUGUACUGCAGAAAUUUGAACAUAUUAAAAUGUGCCUAAGUUCUUUAUUUAGCCAAGACAAAAUAUGUAAAUGAUCACAUUUUAUAGAUGAAAACAAUAUUUGAACUCGAUUAUUUCAAAAUGUGUAUUUUGUGACAUAAAUUUUAGCACUAAGGUCUUCAAUUGUACUAUUAAAGAAGAUUAAUAUGCUUAACAUUUUUCGCAUUUGAUUUUUUUUUUUAAGUUAAGACUCACUAGAGCCAUAAUUAAAUUUUUAAAAAAUAAAAUGCAUUUUUAAAUAACUUUUGUAAUUAUAUAUGUGAUAAAUCAAUUUUAUUCUUCACUUUGUGCUUCUCUGACCCAAUGGCUUUAUGUUUUCAGGAUAUGAAUCUGGAUGAAGAUGAUUUAUUACAAGACUAAAGAGAACAGGAUCAACUUAGAAUUUUUCAUUGUAUUCAUUUACUAUGUUUAUUUUCUGACUGUAUGCUAGGAAGAUUUAUGUGAUUUCCAAAUUAAUCUUCUAUCUCAAUGUGUAUUCCUACUACUAAGUCUAAACUCAGUUCAUGCUUGUUGCAAUUAACUGCAUCAUAUGGGGAUCCCUUCAGGAUGACCAAACGUAUUUUACACACACACCCAGCUCACUUUUAAUACACCAGAGCCACAAAAUCUUGCAUCCAGAUAGUGGUGCUAUCCUAUUGAAACAUUUUAAUAAACGAAAUCGUGUAUCUUUUUCAUUUUUAACCUGUAAGCUAGUUAGUAUUGUUCUGUGGCUCUUAAUUUAAUUAUUAUUGUCAUUUCUGGUUAUCUUGGCCAAUAUUUUAAUUUUCUUAAACCUAAUCCAUUUCUGGAUUCAUCUGUCUUCGGUUUGAGAAAGUUAUUAAUAGUUUGGAAAUUUUAAAAAAAAUGUAAUUUAUAUUUUUACUUCGCUUUGUUUUUGGUACUAGGGGAUCACAUCAAGAAGUGGACAGGAAGGAGUUAAAUUUUGUCUGAAAUUGUUGCCUAGCAUCAGUUUAAAAACAAAAAUUGUACAGUAUGUCUGCUUAUUACAUUUAAUACAUGGUUGGAUUAUUGGUUAUUAUAUAAAUAUUUCUGUGGGUGAUUUGUGUCUGAAAGUUUCAUCAUUUACUUAUUUGCAGAAAAGAAUGUUAAACUGCUGCGGAAUGGGCCCAACACAUAAUUUGUAUUUUCAUUUUGUAGGAGACUUCCCAGAAUAAGGUUCUAAGUUUUAUGAAUAUUUCACUUUUUUUUUGGCCUUAUCAUAUUUGGCUUUAUAAAGCUACCAUUGAAAAUGUAAAAACAUUUUUUUAAACACAAAUUUCUGUGAUUUAAAUUUGACAUUAUCAUUAUGUAUGAAUCAUGAAGUUACUUAUUAAACUAAACUUGCGUUUAAAUACUUCACAACAAGUUGAACAAGGGCAUAAGAAUGUUGCUCCUCUGGUAUAUGUUGAACUUGUGUCUGAAUAAAAUUUAAAAAAAAUUAUUCCACUUAUGUUGAAAUUAUUCAUAAUUUAUUAAAUAGACAAAAAUUUAUAACAUGAAAUGUUUUGAAUGUGCCAAUAAUUUUUUAUUGAUUGACAAAAUAAUACAUGACUAGAUUUUACUCACAUGAUUGCUUUAAAAAAAAUUACAUCUUGGGACAUACAUAAUUAAAACUUUUAUUGUUUAAAAUAUUUUCAUAAAAACUCGUUUCAUUUACUUGACAUGAAAUAAUAUUGGGAUGUAUAAUAAAUACUGGUAUCUCUUUCCACUUCCUUUUUAAUGUCUCUGCAUGACCAAAUCAAUGGCAUAGUUUUGAAGCUAACUGUCCUUUCUUGUGAGAUGCGUUUACGAUGGUCAAUAAGGAAAAAGUUGCCUCACUGAAUCACAAAAUAAUAAAUUUAAUACAUAAUAUAGAGUUUUAAAAUUUAACAUUGUACAGCUAUUUGCAAUCAAUCCAUUAACCCUUUAUAAGAAGUAAUACUGUCUGAAACCUAACAACAGCAGAGUCAGCCUCUAUUAGUAUUUAACAAUCUUAGGUCACAAUAAAGAUGUGAUCUGUAAUGUAACGAGAAACAGAUGGGCAUAUGAAUAGCAGUGAUCUCAGUGUAUUGAAAAGCCCUAAACACAAAAAUCAUAUCCUAUAUUCAUCAGUCAAGUGUAAAUAUUAGAAUGUGUUUAAGGAAUGUUCAGAUUGUAACAAUUACAACAAAUUUCUCAAUUAUUGUAAAAGUUUAGAGCACUGGCAAAUACUUGAUGGCAGAAUUUAAUUAGUACCGGGUUACACAGGUGCCAUAAUUGUUUUUUUUAGAAAUUAUUAUAAAAAAAUAUAUUUUAUGACAAGUAUUGCCAGCUUUUAAAAUGUAAUGAUAUCCUUUACAGUUGACAAAACCACUAUGCCAUUUGUUUUCAGCUGCCCCCCAGGAAAAAAAAAAAUCCAUUAAAAUUUAAAAAGAGUUCCUUAGUGGGACAAGAUGCUAAGAGAAUCUAAUGUGUAACUGAGCAAUUAUAUGAACAAGUUAAGAAGGGGAAAUUUUUAUAGCAAGAAAAAUGAGGAUGGCCAAAUUUGAUUGACACAUACUUUGUGUAGAAAUAUACAAACAUGGAGUCCUUUUAUUCUUAUUAUAUGACCAGAUUACUGAAUGAUUAGACACUGGGUAUCAUCUUUAUUAACAAUAAAAUUGGCAAGAUAAAUCAGACCAUCUUUGAGACAUGCACUCAUUAAAAAAAGUUAAUACUUUUACAUUUAUAAAUCUUCAACAAACCCAUGUAUAUUAUGGAACAUACAAAAUUACAGUUUCUAAUAAGUUAAUGAGGAAUUCCUCAUAAUACAAUACACAUUUAAACUGGCUAAUUAUAAGAAUUUAAGUCCCCAUAUCACACCUGGUAAACAAUGUACAGCCCAGGUAGAUAAUAUUGUGGAAGACGUUGUUUAUGAAUUUAACACAACAGAAGCGAAGCUGAAAAAACAGCUCACAAGAAUAAAAUUUCUUAUACAGUUUUAUUAGCUUAUAAAUAAUAUUUUACUUCUCUGGGUAUGCAGGCUACCUGUGAUUAUGAGCAAACAACAUUUCAAAUUUGCUCUUUCAUCUGUAAUGACUUUGCUCUCAGAGUAUUUGGACAGGGCAAAAAUAAUACCUAAGAAAGUGAAUUAUAUUUACAAUAGCUAAAAAAAAAGUUUACUACCUCAACAAAUUAUUUGAGACCAAAGAUGUCCAAAUGACCUUAUAUUUAAAGAACUAAAAAACAUUUUUAAAAAGCCAUAACUUCAACAAUAAUAUAUAACUAUUUCAGGAUUAAAAAUCUUAUUUUUACUAAACUGACUAGCAAAAAAAAAGUGUGAGCAAGAUAAGUGAGACAAGUUAAAUAAAAUCUCACACUUCUACAUAAAUAACAUUUUAUAAAAAUAAAAUAUGACAUAUAAAUAAUAAAUGUAUUUCAUUACAUGUAAAUGUAAGGCAAUAGUAAAGGGCAUAUAACAAUUUAAUAUGACUUUAGCUGUAGCAAAAAAAAAAAAAAAAUUGGGGAAAGCCAUGUACUUAUUUGUAGUAGGCCUUUAAUAAUUUGACAAAGUGGUAACAAAUUGUAUUUUUGGAUUAAAAUAAUUAAUUCAACUCACACAUCUGAUAGAUGCAAUCCUAGAGACAUGAAAUGUUGAAAGAUUUCAUUUCACGAUGCAAUAGGAGUGGCAUGAAAUUAAAACAAGUUAAGCUUUUACAAAUAAAUGCAUUUUAUUUCUAGCAUUAUUGGUAGCUUCCAAAAAAAGAAAUGAACCAGGCAACAUAGCACAAUAUAUACACUGUUUGAUACAUUACUGCUAGCUUACAUAGCAAUGUAUAUUAGGAUACAGUACCAUAUCAUCUAAACAGUAGGUGUAAUUUGUUAUUACUAGAUUACGAAGCAUAGAGCCAUUAUCUACAGCACAUAUAUCAUAAAUAUCAGACUUCUGUAUUUCCUUAACAGACAAUCUUGCAAGAGAUAAAAAUGGAUAGAUGUUAUAUCCAUGGAAAGAUAUGUGAUCAAAGAAAGCCUUUCCAAGAUAACUGAAAUUCAACUUUUGCAAACAAAAUUAAUACACAAAAAAAGCAUUUUAAAGAGCAUUAUGUAGUAAGAAUAAAAGAAAAUUUGAAGCUAUACAUAAAAUUGACAUUUAUCUAAAAAGAAAAACAAUAAUACCUUGACAAAAAAUACAUUGCCUUCACAUACUGAAUAUUUCUAAAGAAAAAUAGACUGAAAAUACUGACAUUUUUAUGCUUGGAGCAUUUAACAGAAGCAAAAAACUCAGCCAGCUUUUUUUUUUCUAGCCAAAUUUAUAACACAAAUCUUUCAAACAUCUUUUGGUGAAAUCUUAAUUAUGUUUAUGUCAAGACUCUGUCAAGAUUACUAGUAUUAGUAAUAUGGGCAUUUUUCCCCAAAAUUGUCCAUAUUCAAUUACUAAACUUUUUUUAUGUGUAUUUAAAUUACUUUUACUUAAAUAUCAAUAUUCUGCAUAUUCAACAAAGGCAACUUAAAAUGAUCAAUUGUUUUCAUUGAUUCAGCAGCCCUUAAACAUUCUUACAUUUAGCUAUUCUAAGCCAUUGCUAAUCUCUUAUGUAAUGUUGACACUGCAGACUGCAAUGUAGUGGUGUUUUUUUUUUUUUAAACAUUUACUUUUAUAAAAUUGUCUGAUCAUAGUAAAAGGG